AACAAGGUGUCCCAUUAUAAUGCUUAGGGGGUAAAAAACCCCACCUUCAAAAUUUUUUAAUUUUUUUUUUUAUGCCUAAUUUAUGACUCCACAGGUUUGGCGCCUUCUUUGUUUUUGUUUUUUGUUUUCAAAUCACAUGAGCUGAGCUGAAGGAUUCCACAACUCUCUCACUUUCUCGCGUUUUUUCUCCCUUCACUACGAACUCUGAAGAUGGCGAACGUCGCACCAAGUUACAGCGAUCGAACGCCUCAAAUUCCGUUUAAUUCAUCAAAUUCAGGUGCUGGGGUUUGUAUGAUGAGCAAAAGAUGGAGAGAUGAACAACAUCCAUCCUUUAUAAACUUCAUUUCCUCUUUCCUAAAUGCAAACUCUUUUCGGCUCAACUUGGUCCCAAUUACCCCUGAUUUCAUUUUCAAUUGUGGGGGUUUAUCGGUGGCAUUUGUUUUUGUGACAAACUGGGACUCUAGUAAUAUAUCUUCUAUAUUUAAUAGAGUUCAGAUAUUGAAGGGGCAGUUUGCAAAUCUCUACAUUGUUGUCACCAUCCCAACUAAAGAGCAAAAUGAUUCUUUUGUUCGAUCUUAUUUCAAGUACGGGAUGGAACUUGGAAGGCCAACAUUUGUGCCAGUUCAAGACUUAGAGAUGGGCUUCGAGAAGAUGGUGAAGAUAGCUCAUGCUCGUGGGGAAUGUAAGCGGCAUGAUGUCAUGUCCAAAUUGAAGGCUGAGAGAGAGAACUUAGUGCAAGGGAUGGAUGCUUUUCUUAAAGUGCUGACGACCAUACCCGGCAUUGAUUCCCAUGAUGCAAACAUGCUCAACCAAGCAAUUGGUUCGAUUGAAGCAAUAGCCAAGGCAUCAAAAGAAUGUAUUUUGGAAUGUACAGACCUCUCAGCUGAGAAGGCAGAGAAGAUCGCAAGGUUUUUCAGAGAUCCAAAGUUUUACCUUAGCACCAAAACCAUGGGAUAAACAGUUAUGAGCUUGAUGACAGAUGUUUUCUCUUGAUAAAUCUCUUGAGCUGCACAUGGUUCAUGAUUUCUCCCAUUGGGACAGGUGUUUUAAUACUGAUGCUAUGUUUCAUUUUAUCUUGUAGGAUUUCUCACAUUGGGAUAGGUGUUUUAAUACUGAUGUAUGUUUCAUUUUACUUCAGCUUUGUAUAUAUAAAAAAAGAACAUAAACUUUGCCAA